CUGCAUCAAAACUUCCAGUCCUGGUCACGCGCGCCACCUACUGACUGGAGAGCAGAAUACAACACAUCCAAAACGACGAAAUGGCUCGUCGAGAAAUCAAUUACAGUACAAUGUGAAGACGCAAAGUAUUGAGUUACGUCUGUUUCAAUACACAAACGUGCCACAAUUUACGUUCUGUACGUAAGAACGCUUGUCAGAAGUGUCGGAGGACAUUUUGUUUCCCCUUCGACACCGGAAGUAGCCCGGUAAUAAAUCGCAGUGGGUCGAAACGACGGCUGCUGAGAUUUGUGCACUUUCACACUAUGGCCGAGGCGGACUUGUACACGGUGUACAAGGGGCUGUUGCUGCCCACUCUUAUACACCCUCCGCAGAGCUUAACGCGCUUCGAGACGUUCACGUUUCGCCCAGAGGACGUUGUCAUCGCAACUUACCCCAAGUCAGCAGGGGGGGUUCGUGUGCACUACAAGUCGUCCUGGCUUUACGACAGAAUCGUGUUUCGAGGUUACGAACGGUGCUCGUCAUUCAAGGAGAUCGUCCCCUUGAUCAUGAGCGGCGGGGACCCUGCUUCAGUGGAGACCCUCCACAACUGGGACCGUGUUCCCUGGCUGGAGGAGGCUCGCAGUUGCAGCCUCAAUCUCGACGACAGGCCGUCGCCACGCAUGUUCACGACACAUUUCCCUCCCCGUGCGAUGCCGCCGUCUUUCUUCGAGGUUAAGCCCAAGGUCAUCUACGUCAUGAGGAACCCCAAAGAUGUAUUUACGUCAUCUUUUCACUAUUGUGCGAUGGCCUCCUUCCUGGUUGACCCGGGACCACAGAAUGAGUUUCUCCAAAAGUUCCUUAAAGGAGAAGUCAUGUUUGGUUCAUGGUUUGAUCACGUAAAGGCCUGGCUCAAUUAUAAAGAGCCAAUAUUUUACAUCUGCUACGAGGAAAUGGUAAAGGAUCUUAAAGGCUCUGUGGCCAGAAUCGCUCUGUUCCUGCAGAAAUCUUUGGACGACGACGUGAUCGCUACGAUAGCGGAGCGAUGCGUGUUCAAGACCAUGAAAAAGAACAACAUGUCAAACUACUCUGCAGUUCCCAAGGAAAUCAUGGACCCCACCAAGUCUGAAUUUCUCAGGAAAGGAAUUGCUGGAGAUUGGAAAAAUCAAUUGACAGUGGCAGAAGUGGAGCAGUUCGAUGGUGUUUACACAGAGAACAUGAGAGAUGUCGAUUUUAAAUUUGCAUGGGAUUAAAAGAACCUUUUUCACGU